AUGGGCAAGAUCCGCCCAAAGUUGCAAGUUGCUGCGUCGUUAUCAUCAUCACCAACAACAAUCAAACAACAAGGGAGGUACCCCCCCAUCCUCCCAUGGCUAAUUCCCUUGAGCCCCAUUGUUGCUAAACGCCCGAAGGCAGAGCCUGGCUCUGACUGGCGACUGAAGCCAAACGGAAGAAGAGAGUUCCUAAGGCAAGGAGUAACUGAAGGAGAAAGGUGCGCGGGAACUUCAAUCUUCACUGAGUAUGGGGUUCAAGGGCCUUGCCACCGAACGAACGAAAGAAGUGUGAAAAUCCUAAAUCCGAAGACGGUGUGUACGGAGCUGACGGUUCUGACGGAGAAGACUAAGUGCGGGAUCUCUCCGUUCGCUUCUCCCUUUCUUUCGCAUGCUCUUCGAUCUGGUCACCUGACCAUUGGAAAGGGUGGUCUAAUCAUCCUUUUAUCGAACGUUCCUGGACAUUCAUUCAAAUCUGGCACAAAGCACUCAUACGCGUGUUUGCGGUGA